AUGGUUGUAAGGAGAAUCCCACGGCGGUCUGCUAGAAAAAGCUUUUCUGAACACAACGAUCGUCGUUCUGCCAAGAAAUUUCUCAUAAGUGAACACCCGAUCGCCUUACUACCCCCGCGUGGCCAUGAGGAAGAGGAAGAAUACCAAUUCCAUGUUCCAUAUCCAAAAGAAAUUGUGAAGUACUUAGACAAGUUCGUUAUCGGCCAGGAACUUGCAAAACGAACAUUAGCAGUCGGAGUUUAUCAGCAUUAUAAACGAUUGAAAAACAACACUGAAAUACAAAAUCAAGAAAUACUUAAAAAUGUAGUCGAAUCUGCUGUUCUUGCAAAAGAAAAGAACAGGAAUGAAAAGGAUCAGGAUUACGACGAUUUUUUCGAUGGUGAAUCAUCACCACCACCGCCCAGACGGAAGACGACUUUCGAACGUCUCGAAGAAGAGACACCUUUGACUAUGGACAAGUCCAACAUCGUUCUUCUAGGACCGUCCGGAAGUGGAAAAACCUACCUAACGCAGUGUCUUGCCCGGCUUCUCGACGUUCCUAUAGCAAUGUGUGACUGCACUACUUUAACCCAAGCCGGGUAUGUCGGUGAAGAUGUGGAAACGGUGAUUCAGAAAUUACUCGUCAAUGCUCAUGGCAGUGUGGAAAGAGCUCAGCAAGGGAUCGUCUUUCUUGACGAAUUUGACAAGAUUCACUCAUCGAGCGAUCCAAUACAUUCCAUCGGAAACCGCGAUGUCAGCGGAAGAGGCGUACAACAAGCUCUUCUGAAACUUGUCGAAGGAACCGUGGCGAAAGUGAAACUGCCAGGACAAAUGGGACAAAAGGUUGACGUCGACACCACGGAUAUCCUGUUUAUCGCAUCGGGUGCGUUCUCGAAACUUGAACAAAUCGUUGCACGAAGAAUCGAUCAGCGAGUUCUCGGUUUCGGCACCACCUACGCUAAUUUGGCAGAAGAUCUGACCUCCAAUGAUGAAACGAUCGCUGCUGAAAAGCGUAACGAAGUGCUCAAACAGACGGAACCUUCCGAUCUCAUACAGUUUGGAAUGGUGCCAGAGUUAGUAGGACGUUUCCCAGUGUUGGUGCCCUUCCACGCUCUAGAUGAAAAGAUGCUGAUUCGAGUACUGGAGGAGCCUCGCAACAGCCUCAUCUCACAAGCGCAGCGUUUCUUCGCCAUGGACAAUAUACAGCUGAGAUUCACUCGAGAAGCAAUAAACGAAUUAGCAAGGAGAGCUGCUCAGAGAAAAACUGGUGCUCGGGCUCUCAGGUCCAUUUUGGAGAACGUACUACUGCAGGCAAAGUUCGAGUGUCCUGGGACGGGCGUUCAGGCUGUCGUCAUCACAGGUGCUACUGUACGUGGCGAAUCCGACUACAUGACAUCAGACAGUAACUCGGAUAGCAUUGUACCGACUGAUUAA